AUGGUGGAUCCAGACGCGAUAUUCGAAGAGCCGUGGGGCGCGCAGGCGCAGCAGGAGAGAGACAGCCUGACAGCCUUUAUAGCACAGACAGAGAGCGCGUGGCGCAGGGCAAAGCGAGGACUUCCCAGGCUUGCGGAGAGUCUCGAGACAAUGCACAGAGCAUCGAAGGAGAUGGGCGCAAUAAAAGACUCAAUGGAGAACGCAAAGGAGGAGAUACUCAAGAUCGAGAACAUGACGGGAUCGACAGAAAGAGAGAUAAGAACAAAAAAGAAAGCGCUGGAAAUACUGGAAGAGAUCACAAAGAGCAUAAAAAUAACAAAAGAAGAGAUUCAGGUGCUGGAGGAGCCCAUUUUCACCGACAUGCAGGAGGUUGCAAACAUAGAAGAGGCGCUGGAGAAGGUGCGGAAGUGCCUGGCCAUAGAGAAUCCAAGAAUCCUGUCGAUGAAAAUAGUAGCAGAUCAGCAGAGCGUGGUGAGAAGAGUUUCAGCGCGGUUCCAGAAGAAGGCAAAAGAGUUUAUCCAGCGAGACUGUUUGAAGAACAAGAAAGUGCCCACAGAAGUGCACACUCUUCUGAGCAGAUACAGCGAAAUAGUGAGAUACCUUGUGGAGAAUGGAGAAUUUCAGGAGUGCAUGCACGCAUACACCGUUACGAUGUCAAAGCUGCACAGGAACUACAUAAGCAAAAAAAUAGAAGAGAUAGUGCACCCAUUUAAAAAGUCGAAAAAUAAGCCGAGUCUAAACGGGAAGAUAGAAGAAGCCAUCAUUUCCAUCAUACAGCUGCUUUUCUCGCUCGCUUCCACGGAGGGAUACUUUCUCUCUGAGCUGUUCAACGUAAAGGACAAAGAUCUAUCAUCUUCAGCGAAUGUAAAGAGCCUUGGACAGAACAGCUCGCUUAAGGAAAUAUUUGCACAGACGGAGCAGGAACUUAUUCUCCUCCCAAAAAUGUUCUAUGAUCUGUCGUAUGAGGCGGGGAUACUGAACAUUCUGUCGAGCAAAAUCAGCUGGCUCCCAGAGGCAAACACUCCGUCUGAAGAGAUGGCGGGGAGCAUGGUGGGGAGCAUCAUUCCGAAGAUGAAGAAAGAGAUGCACGGGAUAAUGAGCAGCUAUCUGCAGAAGAUCAAAAAAAUCAUCUCAAAAGAGUACGCAAAAGAAGGGCCCAUCGAUCUGGAUAAAACAUUUUACAACAUUGUGGACAGCUCAAAAGUGCCAUCGCUGAACACUGAAGUGCUGCGCAUGAAUCUUGCGCACUCUGGGAAGCUCAAGACGCACACAGAGAGAGUGUUUCAGACGGUAAAAAGAGCAUGCAUCUUGGGAUCCAUACAGGCGCACUACCUGGAGAACAGAGACAUAUACGAGGCAGAGGUGGAGGAGCUGCUAAACAGCGAAAUAGAAAAAAUGACAAACAAUCUUAUGUAUCUGUCAGAAGAGAAGGUCUUUGAGAAGCCAAAGCUCUCCAGCAUAGUAAAAAGAACGAAGGAAAUAAUGGACAUAUUGAACAAGGUAGAAGACCCCCUCGGGUUCAGGCUGCAGAUUGCGUUCAAAGACAUGAUUCUAUCAAAGGCGCAUUUCCACCAGAGAAACGAGAUAGCUGCUGUGCUAACUGAAAAUACUAAAGAGGAAAACAGAUAG